AUGCUACACACACGUUACAAUAUUCAGAUCGAUACACACCAAACUACCUCACAUCUGUACAGAGAGCGAAUAGGAAGCGGAAGUUCCUGUGAUGUUUACCUGGGAUUUGAAAAGGGCACUGGUAAGAUAAGAGCUCUAAAAAUCCUGAAAGAUCGAAGUUGGGAUAGAGAACUGAUGAAAGAAGCUGAGUCCCUCUUGAAGUUAAAACGACAUCCCAAUAUCAUAGAAUACUACGGAAAAGACAAAGACCUUCGGACUAAACAAUCAUGUCUAGUGAUAGAAUACUGUUCUGGUGGUUCUCUUCAUACAUUUUUAAAAGAAGUGCCCAACAUUCACGGUUUACCAGACUCAGAAUUCCUGAUACUCUUAGACCAUAUUACUUCCGGUUUAGAACAUCUACGUCAACACAACUGUAUCCAUAGAGAUAUUAAACCAGGAAAUAUUUUACGUCAUGUGACAUCAGAUAAAAGGACGAUCUAUAAAUUAUCUGAUUUUGGUGCCAGCAGAAUGAUGAGGAACUGUGAUGAAGAAUUCAUGUCGCUUGCAGGAACCGAAGAAUAUUUGCAUCCGGCAAUGUACGAGAAGGCGUUCGUCAACAGAAAGUCUAGCGCUACGUUUAACCACAACGCUGACCUUUGGUCGUUAGGCUGUACACUGUUUCAAGCGGUUACCGGUGCCAUGCCGUUCGUGCCAUUUGACGGAGCGAGAAAUAAUAGGAUUACUAUGUACGAGAUGAUAGCAUGUAAACCACAUGGUGCCAUAUCAGGCUCGCAGACGUCAAGCGAUAGUUAUAUUUCCUGGAACUGUAGUUUACCUGCCGAUUCCAACAUGACGAGAUCGUUACAGAAAUAUAUUUUAAGAAUUUUAGUAGGGUUAUUGGAAGCCGACACCUCUAAACAAUGGUCGUUUGUCUUGUAUAAAAAUACAGUCAGCGCUAUAUUGAAAAUGAAAUAUAUGGUUGUAUUGAACUGUGAUGAUAAAGCAGUGCACGAAUUUUACCUGAACCCAACAUCAAGGACCAUCAUCCAACAUAAAAAUUAUCGAAUAGAGAAGAAAUACCAACCGUGGUUUGAAAUUUAUAGACAGAUAAGAUCCCUGUUCGACAUUACCAAGAGUAAAUUCGAGGGAUCUUUAAAAAAUGGCAUGAAGUCCGUCUUUGAGAAUAUGAAUGUCUUUGAGUUUUAUGAUCGAUUAAAAUCGGUGAAGACUCGGAUUGAGAACACGGGGCAUGAAAAGUUAUCGUUUCAAAUGCCAGAGGAGCUUGAUAAUGACUGGUUCAAGCUGACCAAUGCGAUAUUCGACAGAUCGCAAGAAUUGUUACACCGGAUACAAGGGAGGAAAAAGAGCAUUUUGGAUGAAUAUGAAACAAGUCUCCACCAAGCUGACAAGUAA